CUUCCUCCCUCGCUUGUCGAAAUCCUUCAGUUCUCGACGAAGAACAGCGAAAAGAGGAGCAAUGUCGUGGCAAACCUACGUCAAUGAUCACCUCAUGUGCGAUAUUGAGGGUUAGAAGCUCACCUCCUCCGCCAUCAUCGGCCUCGACGGCAGCGUCUGGGCUCAGAGCUCCUCUUUCCAUCAGUUUAAGCCUGAGGAGUUGACAGCUAUUGUCAAUGAUUUUAAUGAACCAGGUUCACUUGCUCCUACUGGCUUGCAUAUUGCAUCUACAAAGGAUAUGGUAAUACAAGGUGCUGUUAUUCGAGGGAAGAAAGAUUGGGUUUGAUGAUCAUCAAAGCUUGCACCGAAGCAAUUGGAUAUGGUGGUGUGUUUUAUAGCUGGUGACCAGGGUCCGUGAGCUGCUCAAGUUCAUUUCCAAAGAAGGCAUUAAAGAGGCACCCAUCAUUAAGAGAAAAAAAAAAUUUGUUGGGUAGAAGACGAACUCUGACAGAGACCUAGACCUCAGAGUCUUCACAGGUGACAGGUCCAUCCCACCAACAACACUUUACUCGGCCCUACAGCAUAAAGAGAAGAAGAAGAAGAAGAAAAGAUUAGAUGGAGAUGGAUGAGAGGAAGGAGGAAGAGAAGAAGAUGAAAAUUUUAAUAAUAGGUGGAUGUGGUUAUAUUGGGAGGAAGCUGGUUAAGGCCAGCUUAGCUCUCAAUUACCAAACUUACAUCCUUUAUCGCCCUCAAAAUGCUUCCUCUAGGGAGAAGUCUCAACUGCUCAUGGAAUUCAAAAUCAUGGGAGCUCUCCUUCUUCAAGGUUCUUUUGAUAAUCAUGAAAGCUUGGUUUCUGCACUGAGGCAAGUGGAUGUAGUGGUUUGUUCUGUUGCUAGUGAUCAGAUCCUUCAGCAGCUUAAGCUCAUUCAAGCCAUUAAAGAAGCUGGCAACAUUAAGAGGUACAUCCCUUCUGAGUUUGGCAUGGACGCAGACCGAAUGCCUCAUGCAAUUCCCCCGGGUAACCAAAUUUUCAUCGACAAAUGUGUGAUAAGACGAACCUUAGAAGAAGCGAAAAUUCCCUUCACUUAUGUUUCCGCUAAUUGUUUUGCCGGAAUAUUCCUUGCCGGCCUUGCUCAGCUCGGCACCUUUAUGCCUCCUACCAACCACAUAACCAUCUAUGGCAAUGGCGAUAAGAAAUGUAUUUGGGUGGCCGAAGAAGAUGUUGCAAUGUACACAAUGAUGGCGGCCAAUGAUCACCGGGCAGAGAACAAGGUGCUUUAUGUUCGUCCUCCGGCCAACAUCUUGACACAAAUGGAAGUCGUCAAUAUUUGGGAAAAACUUCUUGGCAAAGUCCUCGACAAGACCUUCAUUCUCUCGCCGCAGGAUUGGCUUUCUAAAAUGGACAAAUACCCACUAUUUGAGCAAAUUGCUGUAGCUCAUUUCUACCAAAUCUACUACUGUGGAGAUUUAGACUUUGAACCAGAGAAACCAUAUAGUCUCGAAACAAAUGACCUCUAUCCAGAGUACAAGUAUGUUUCUGCCGAAGAGUAUCUGCGACGUUUCAUCUUUAUCUAGAAAACUCAAUCAUCUUUACUUUGUUUGAUAUCUAAUGCUUCCUCUUUUGUUGUUUUGUUCAUGACAUUUGAAAUAAUGGAUUCAAUUCUCUCUUUGUUUGUGUUGUUCA